CAUUGACAUGCAAUUAUUAGUUGUAAAUAAAUAAUGGAGACAGUAGCUCAAAGUCGCAGAAGUGCAAGAAAAAUAUACAAACCACGGAGAACUCGCAAAGAAAAAACUAAAUUCAAACGCAGUAUAUUUGAAAAGCGCAAACGCAAAUAUGACAUUGAUUAUCACUAUAUCGAAGACGUCGAGUACCCUUCGAAGAUCCAACGCUUCUUCAUGGUCGUCAGCAACCCCUUCUGGUAUAACUUAAUAUUGGGCAUUACCCUGGUAGACGCCAUGUUGUAUACGCAUUCCGCCCUCGUGGGCACUCAACGUCUAAUCACCUCCAACUACAAAUACCAAUUGAUGUUCGAAAUAAUUGUGACCGUUUUCAAGAUCGCCGACAUAUCCCUGGCAAUAGUCGUGGACUAUAUCAUGAAACUUGAGUUCCACAAUGAAGCACGUCGCCCAAUAUGGGUCUUGGGAUGCGAAAUCUUUGGAGCUUUACCUCUCUACCCACCGGUACCUUUGGUACUGAUCAAACUUGGACAUUUUAUCAAAUUUGUCCGAUUAAUGUACCACAACUACAUUAUGCGAGUAUCUCUACGAUGUCACUUUCGACAAAGAGUGUUGAAUUUUGUACUCAGUCUCAUUAUCUGUGAAACCAUCUACGCCUGGACAUUAUUCCACAUUUCUGGGUAUGAACCCUCUUGGGAGACAUACAUGCAAUUAUUUGAGGUGUCCAGUGCUUCCAUGGUUGGAAAAGGAGUGAUUGUUUCAAGAGCGCAUCAUUACACAGAUAAUAUCUGGUUGCAUGAGGUACCACUAGCGUGCGGUAUCAUUUUGGUGCUCUUCAUCUUCCUCAAGCCUACCCUGUGUGACAUAAUCUGUCUCUUGACAAUGCAAUACGAAAACAAGUUCAAGUACAUCUACAAAGUGCAGUUUUUUCAAUCGGUGAUUAUUUCAAAAUACAAUUGCAACCAUGUAGUUGUCCAGUCAAUUCUGACAUAUCUAAGAAACUAUUGGGAAGAACGACAGGGAUGUAUGAACACCCCUGAUAAACAAGAAGCAGUCGCCUGGAUAUUUCCUCGAGCACUGAUCAUGGAAAUGGCUUUGGAUACCUCCUACGAUUUCUUCAGACAUUCACAAAUUCUACGAGACCUAGAAAUACCCUUGAUGCGCAAUCUUUCAUUACGAAUCAAAAAUCAAAUCUUCAUGAAAGGUGAAUACGUUUUCAACAAACGGAAAAUAAUUGACUACAUGAUCUAUAUAAAAAGUGGGGUUAUUGAUAUCCUGUCAUCAGAGAAUGGCGAAUCUGGUAUCAUCUCAUUUUCUGCUGGAACCAUCCUAGGUGAGACCGCAUUAUUUUACCCUUCAAAAUCACAAGUCAACAUACGCUGUCAAUGUGUAUGUCAUAUCUUCAAACUAACAAGACGAGACUUUACGUUUCUCAUUAGACACUACCCGUAUGCCUAUCACGAUAUGUUAAAAAUCAUUAACAGUCGUUUGAACAUUGCAAAGCGUGUUCAACGUACCAAACUUGAACAAACAGACUCGCGCGUUUCGGAAGAACAAAUCGUAUGGCUCAAAGCACAGUUACACAAUUACAAAGCAGCGAAUCCUGCCUUGAAAGAAUUCCAUCUUAUGAAAAACAUAUACCUUGGACCCUUUCUGACUGGUCUACUAAAGAAACAGAACUCGUUGUGUCAUACGCUGCGUUGUUUAGAAUUGCUCUCGAUCAAAAGAAGACUUGACAUAGCUACGGAUUUGGUCUUUAUCCGCUCUAAAUGCAUUUGGAUUUUAAAGCAUAACUCCCCGAUCUAUCACGCUUGGCAUUUCAUUAUUGCAUUCCUCGCUUUCAUAAUGCUUCUUCUUCAACCCUAUGUGGUUUUUAAUGAAGGCAAUAUUAUAUUGAAUGUUAUUAUUGCCGUGGUCAAUUUAGUCUUUUUCGUGGACCUAUUGCUUACAUUUAUAACACCCGCAUCGAAAAAAUCUAAAUCUGUAACUUUGCAUGAGAUAUUCGGGGAACGUUUCAAUACAAUUGGAGUGUAUUUAGAUAUCUGUUCAAUUUUUCACUUUCCUCUCUUCGGUCACGUGUUUCCGUUUGCUAAUGAAAAAUGGGUGUUCAUAUUUCAUACGGUGAAGCUAUGGAAAAUCUAUCGGGUCCUGAAUAAAUGGGAAGACCGUUUUCACUUGAAUCUUCUACUUCAAAAGUAUUGCGUGUUUAUUCUCUCGCAGUUUGUCUACGUUUACACAAUGGGCUAUAUAUUAACGCUGGAUGAUAUCAUAUCAACACCUCUUGAUCCGGUUGGUAUACAGAUCUCUACCGGUGUGGGUUUUAAAGUAAAAAGCGGGUUGAUGAAGGUGACUAUUUUGUAUGCACUGCUGAAUACAUUCGCAGCGGUUUUUGAAGGAUUAGGAAUUGUCAGUGUAACAACCGCAAAUUACAUGAAGUAUGUCCGUCCUAGUCGGAUUUACAGAUCUCUGGAACGUCUUUACCACCUGAGCAAACGUAAUCCAGACACACAACUCUUCAAACGACUCAAUUCCUUCUUGAAUACUCAAAUCAACGACAAUAAUGCGUUUACAUGUGCCUUUGACAUCAACAAAUUCUUCAACUUUCCACAACAUUACAACGAGCUUAUGAAAACCGACAUUUAUGCAAACGCAUUGCUGAAUUUGGAGCUUUUCCAACUUGUUCCAAAAGAAGUUAUCAAGCGUGUGUCAUCCACAGCACAUACACAUAUUUUUCAUCAACAUUCACUGGUGAUGAGCUAUGGAACCAGAUACGAUAUGAUUUAUAUUUUAAUCAGAGGCGAAGCUCGUUCAGUUUAUGGUGAGAAAUUCUACAAGACAAAGGAAGGUGUUCCAAUGAACGUAAUCGAAGUCCUCUUUCAAAUGCCCAGCUGUUCUAAUGUGGUGGCUGUUACAGAAGUAGAAAUCGUCAGUUUUUGUUAUUCUACAUUCCUAACAUAUCUCGCCAGCUAUAAGGGUCAAGUGACAGCCAUGAAGAAGGCGAUUGCAGCAAACAAAGCCGAUGUUGUCGCUUGUAUCAACCCUAUUCAGAAUGGAAAACAAAUGGUCAUUGAGACUUUACAGCGUGACUCUAAUCUAGAUUCAUUUGUCAGCUUUAGUACAAAACAUGUUUAUGAAGAUUCUUUUGAAGAAUUCGACUACUAUUCACCAUUCGAUCAAAGUCGCUGGGGAAUUAUACUGAAGUAUUUUCUUAUGAAAAGUACGAUUUUACCAAAUGGUCGAUUCCUGUUUUGGUGGGAAGUUGUACGCUGCAUAUUUGCUUACAUUACUUGCAUUGUUUUCUUUAUACCACCGAUAAGUCUACGUGAAAUUACGCAUCCUUUUACAUAUUUUCUGAUAUUCUUGGAUUGCACUGCUUUCGCUGAUAUAUAUUUAAGGCUACAUGUUUGUUAUUACAGUACGAAUGGUUUAAUCGUCACACAUCCACUGCAUACAGCAAUGAAUUACAUCAAAAAAGCGUUUAUGGUGGACUUCCUAGCAUCGUUUCCGUUUUAUCUCGUUUUAUACACCAGUCCUCAGUAUAAAAUCAUCGCAAAUGUGUUACACGUACUUCAAAUUUAUCGCCUUAUUGGCUUCAAGCUGCAUUACUUCUGCACUUCGUACAUGUUUGAUUAUGGUUUUAUUUUAUUGACGAUUAUUUGUCCUGUCAACUUUAUAACCUGCGUUAUCUUUGUAAUGGAUUGUUACGACUGGGAAAAUGAAGAAAACGUAAAUAUUUUCUGCAAAAACUUCAAGAAAGAUUCGCCACUUGGGAAUUAUAUUACCGUGUGCUAUUUUAUCAUGAGCACAUUGACUUGUUCCGGAACCGGAAGUGUCGUGGAUUUGGAAAAUGUUACCCCGUUGAUUCUGCAUAUCAUCUCCGCUUGCAGUUUUGUGUCGAUUUUUGUCAGGAUUUACGUGACUGCGUAUUUAUUUGGUAGUUACAAUAAGAUUUACCUGGGCAGUCAUAAAUUUCGUGAUAAGGUACGCAGGCUGGUGACGUUUCUGCGCAUGAGUCUAGUGCGUCCCUACUUACGGAAACAAAUCAAGAUCUACUACGAAUUAAAAUGGCGCUGGUUACAACGCAUCAAUCCGUUUCACGUCCUCAAGAAUUUAAAUCCUGCACUGCGUAGGGAUUUAAUUUAUUGUCUUUAUGGAAUACACAUUCAUGAAUGUACAAGCUUGAAUGAUAUCUCAAAUAGAUUGGCCACGUUUUUCAAGAAUGCUCUUUAUGAAAGCGAAGCAAUGAUAAUACCGAAAAAUGGUUAUAUUCUAUCUGUGAAUGAUAUCGAAUCGAAUAUUUAUUUCCUCAUAAAAGGUUCUGUUGAUGUAGUCGCUGCUAAUGGUACAGUUAUUGAAACCAUCAAUGAUGGCUCGAUUUUGGGUAAUCUGGAACCCGUGCCUUAUACGCGGAUAAAAGUGAGUUUUGUGACAAACACAGUUGCGAAACUACUGUACAUGGAUGCCAAGAAGUUUUACAAUACGCUUGACCAGUUUCCAGUUAUAAAAAAAUCAUUUUGCGAUAUAAAAAACGUGAAAUUUUAUUAUAUUCCAAGUAAAUAUGUACCGAACGAGUUCCAACAAGCACAAACAGCUUGGACCGUCAAAGAACUGAAGUCCGGAUAUAAAAAGUACAAUAUUUACUUUAUUUUAUCAUGGUUUCACUUUGUGUUCCCAUGUUGCAUUGGUCUCAUGAUGGAACUAUACCAAAUUGCCACUGGUGAAAUGCAUGUUGCCUACCUCAUCACGCAAUACAUUUUCGAUUUAAUUCACUUGUCACAUCAAUACCUAAAGUUUACCACUCCUUAUAUGAAUCAGGAACAAGAAUUUGUCAUGCAUCCAUUGCGGAUCAAAGCCCAUUCAAUGGGCAAGAAGAGAAUUUACUACAAGUUGUACUUUUUAAAUUUACCAUUUGACGUGCCACUUUUACUCUAUGUGAUUAUGCGAGGUUAUGAUUUCGCCGAAUGGUCAAUUCCAUUUUCAAUCCUCAGAUUGAAUCGACUAUCAAGAUAUGUCAACAUUACACAUAUCUAUUACAAUGGUACCAAAAAAGUUGCAUCAUUUUCGCGAAAGUUUAAGAUUUUUAUGUUGUUCCUCCUGUUGAUUUACUCUUCGCAGAUUAUUGCAACCAUCAUUGCAUUUUCAGACUAUAGUUACACAUAUUAUAUGGGUAUGAAUGAGUCACAGAUUAUUCGUGAGAUGCCCGUUGAGAUUUUGAUCAACUCUCGCAGAGCCCCCUGGAUGCAUCGCGUUGAACUAUUUGGCCGCUACUGGUUUUUCUCGCUAAUGGUGCAUACAUUCUCUCAUGAUAAUCUCUACUAUCCGAAAGGAGACAUCUUUGAAAUAAUGUUUAUAAUUAUUUUUCUUUAUGUCACUGUGUUUGAAUCGUUUGUGAUGGUGCAAUACUAUCAGAUAUUGAUGGAGUCAACCACUUUGAUCAAGAUUCUAUACUCAAUUCGAAAAUAUGUUGAUGUGUACUAUAGUAUCUCGAAAUCUGCGUAUGUUUUACGCGAAAGUGUUGAAGAAGCAAUCAAUCACUACUAUUCGGUGAAGAGCGUCGCCGAUGAUUAUAUCAUGAUGAUAGACUGUCCGAAAUAUCUCCGAGAAGCUGCCUUGAUGAGUAUCUAUGGAUAUCUCUUUCAUAAACAUCCCUAUUUUAGUGGAUGCCAUCCGGAUGUUCAGCGUCAGAUUAUCCAAUAUAUAAGAUGUGUGGUUUAUCCAAUUAAUGGAACUGUUGUAAGUCGGCUUGAUUGCCAUGAUACUUUGUAUUUUGUUCACACUGGUGAAGUGGCUGCGAUGCAGUAUGAAAAUGAUUGCACGUCACACGCACUUUAUGUGUUUUGUAAAGGAGAUUCGUUUGGAUAUCAAGCGGCCUUUAUGAAUCUACCUUAUCAGUACACCUUCCGAACGAUUACAUUCUGUGAGAUUGUCGAGUUACAAUGGUCAAAAUGUAAAUAUUUGUUGGAUUUCUUUCCGAUGUCUCGUGAUUUCGUCAGAAAAGUUACAGAUACUCAUAUUACGCACUAUAUCAAGACUUAUGAACGUGAUAUACGCACAAGAAAAAGAAGAAUGUAAUUUUUUUAAAAUAUUUUUGAUAAUUAUUAUAUCUAGUUAUGAAGGUUUUCCUAUAAUAAAAUCGAUUGAAAUUUAA